AUGGGACUCUCAAACUGUUUCAAGGUUUUUACGUCUAAAAGGGGAAGGUCGAGAGCGAAAGGAGCGAAGGUCAGUCCUGCUGGAGGACCUUCCUCUGCUACCGCGCCAGCCACCUACUCUAAUGACCAUACCGUAACGAGAUCUUGCAAGACUUCGUCAAGUCCCCAGAUUCCGAGACUUACCUCGGAAUCUAUGUUAAAUGAUGAUGAUAAGAAGAAGAUCAACGCCAAUGACUUUGACAGGGUCCCUACAGAUGGGGAAAUCACCCGGUGUGGGGGAAGAUCGUCGGAUCGCCGUGGUUGUGUUUGGGGGAGGCUCAAUUCUCUCCGUCAUCGCUGA